GGAAUGGUGUCCUGCUGGAGGGAGAACUCGUCGAUGUAUCUCGGCACAGCAUCACGGAUGCCCAUGGCAGGAAGGAGCGCUACUAUGUGCUGUAUAUCCAGCCCAGCUGCAUCCAUCGCCGUAAAUUUGACACCAAGGGAAAUGAAAUCGAGCCAAACUUCAGCGCCACCAGGAAGGUGAACACGGGCUUCCUCAUGUCAUCCUAUAGGGUAGAGGCCAAGGGGGACACCGACAGACUCACACCCGAGACACUGAAGGAGCUGGUCAAUAAGCCUGAGCUGCUGGUGCUGACAGAGAGCCUCACGCCCGCCCAGACGGUGGCCUUCUGGGUGCCUGAGUCAGAGAUGGAAGCAAUGGAGCUUGAGCUGGGGGCCGGGGUGCGGCUGAAGACCCGAGGAGACGGCCCCUUUCUGGAUUCACUGGCCAAACUCGAGGCUGGAACAGUGACCAAGUGUAAUUUCGCCGGUGACAGGAAGGCAGGGGCAUCCUGGGCAGACAACAUCAUGGCCCAGAAGUCUUCUGAGGGGGCCGCAGCUGAGACCCGAGAGCAGGGGGAUGGGGCAGAGGACGAGGAAUGGCCAGAAGAAAUCCAACAGCAGAUUGUUCGAGAGACUUUCCAUCUAGUCCUCAAGCGGGAUGACAACAUCUGUAACUUCUUGGAGGGUGGAAGUUUGAUUGGUGGCUCUGACUACAAACUGAUUUACCGGCACUAUGCAACCCUCUACUUUGUGUUUUGUGUGGAUUCAUCAGAAAGCGAACUUGGGAUCUUGGACCUCAUCCAGGUUUUUGUGGAGACUCUGGAUAAGUGUUUCGAAAAUGUGUGUGAAUUGGAUUUGAUCUUCCAUAUGGAUAAGGUGCACUACAUUCUCCAGGAGGUGGUGAUGGGUGGGAUGGUGCUAGAAACCAACAUGAAUGAGAUCGUGGCUCAGAUGGAAGCUCAAAACAGGCUAGAGAAAUCUGAGGGUGGCCUCUCAGCAGCCCCUGCACGGGCUGUAUCUGCUGUGAAAAACAUCAAUCUGCCUGAGAUUCCUCGGAACAUCAACAUUGGUGAUCUCAACAUCAAGGUUCCCAACUUGUCCCAGUUUGUCUGAGGGCUGAGGAUUGGGCUGAACUGGAGUUCUUAAAACAAGAAAAGCUCAACAAGUCUGGAUAACAGAACCCAUUUUGAGCCUUAGAAGAGUCAAGCCUUGGGACCUGGAACCUUUCUGCCUGGGGAAGCCAGUUUGGCCUGGAAUGGGAAGGGAUUCGUAUUGACACUGCUCGGGUGUGCUCAGUUCUUACAUGUGCAGCCAUGCAGUUCCCUGAUGCACGUGGCCACUGCAGAUGGGUGGGGCCCUGCCUUCCUCAGUGGGGGAUCUGUGUGCCCAAGGCACUCACACCGUUACUUCUCACACAGCAGCUCCCAGGGGUUGGGGACUGUUGAGCAGGCCCACCAGCUUCCCACUAGGACUGAACACAUUCUCUGACUCAAGUCUUCAUCCUUAGCGCCACAGGCUCCUGAGGGCCUGCAGCAUCUACUUGUUGGUGAGGUGCCAUAGGUAGGAAAGGGCUGGCCCUUCAGAUUUGCGGGUGUGGCAGGUUGCACAUAAGUGCAGGACUUUGUGAAAACCAGAGUCACCUGCUCACUCUACUGAGAUUGCUAUAC